AUGGCUGACAUCUUCUUGCGUUUUGUAGUAGAAGGAAUAUUAACUCGGCUGUUCUCACUUAUCACUGAAAAAAUCAUCCUUACUUGGGGUCUAAGCGAUGAAUUAAAAUGCCUUCAACAAUCAUUAAGCAUGAUGCGUGAUGUAUUGCAAGAUGCAGAGGAGCAACAAGUGACACAAAAGUCCGUUAGACGUUGGCUUAAAAAGCUUGAAGACGUUGCUUAUGAUGCUGAAGACGUACUUGGUGAGUUUGCUUAUGAGAUUCUUCGACAAACAGUGGAGAUUCAAAACCAACUGGAGGCAAAGGUAUCUGAAUUCUUUCCCUUCUCUAAAAGCACUCGUUAUUUAAAGAAAGCCGUAUUUCAUGUCAAAAUGGCUCAUAAAGUUAGAGAUAUAAAUGAGUCACUGGAUAAAAUCAAAAGGGAAGUAGCUGAUUUUGGGCUUAGAGUUACAUGUGCAGAUAGAGCGCUUGAAGGUGGCUUGGAUAGAGUGACAGAAUCUGUACUUGACAACUCAAAAGUUGUAGGAAGGAAAGAUGAUGUCUCAAAAAUUGUGAACCUUCUGACUUGCUUUAGCAAUCAACAAGUUCUCAUUGUUGUUUCCAUAGUAGGUAUGGGUGGCCUUGGGAAGUCAACAUUAGCUAAACUGGUUUGUAUGUCUGAUAAUUUUGAUGAUCAAAGGAUUUUCGGGGAAAUGUUACAAACACUUGAUGAAAAUGCAGGUGGGAUAACCAAUAGGGACGCAACACUUGAACACCUUGAUAAGGCAUUGGAGAGGAAAAAAUUUCUUCUUGUACUUGAUGAUGUGUGGAAUGAGGGAUCCAAGAAAUGGGAUGGUCUAAAAAAUCGAUUGUUGAUGAUUAGUAGAAAUAAUGGAAAUGCUGUUAUCAUUACAACUCUUAGUGAAGAAAUGACAUCUAUGCCGGCUGAGGUGCGGCGCUUAACUUGUCUUCAAACAUUGCCAUUAUUUGUUGUGGGUCCAACUAGGGGCGGUAACAUUCAAGAAUUGGAGUCCUUAAAGGAACUAAGAGGAGAAUUAGCAAUAACAAAUCUUGAGCUGGUGAGAGGUAAAAGUGAAGCGGAGAAAGCAAACCUGCAAGGAAAAACUAAAAUAAAUGCAUUGCGGUUUACUUGGAGUAGGAAGAGAGAAAGCUGCAAUAAUGAUGAGGAAGUCUUGGAAGGCCUCCAGCCUCACUCAAACAUAGAGAGCUUAGAUAUCGUGAAUUAUUGGGGUGAAACAUUUCCAUCAUGGUUGUUGAUGUACUCAAUAAUUUGGUUAAUUUGA